AUGACACCCUCAGGCCUUCUUGUUUUUGCAACAGCUGCUGUGGUAUUUUUGGUUCAGACGCCUGCCUACGCGAGCCGCAAUGCCUUUGAGGAAGAGUUAUCACUAGAAGACCUCCCCGUGGGUGAAAAUAUGUUAGACGAAGACUACUACAAUGCUCUUCCCUAUCGCAUGGACCGCCGCGGCUUCCUACACAGUGGACGUUUGGGAAGACGGGGACUUUUGCCAUCCCGCCAGCCUUCAAAGAAAGGCUUUCUCACGGCUAGCCGACUUGGCUGA